AUGGAAGAGCCCAGAGCGACCGAAACGCGAUACACGCCCUUGGAGAAAAUCUUUUACGCUUUGGUGUUCACCGUGCGCAAACUGGCACCCUACUUCCAAGCCCACACCGUUCGAGUCUUGACAGAUCAACCCCUGGGAAGCGUGUUACGGAAUCCCACAUUAUCCGGUCGGCUCGUAAAGUGGGCAGUAGAGCUGACCCAAUACGGAAUCGAGUACCAGCCUCGCCCGUCAAUCAAGGGACAGGCCCUGGCCGACUUCUUGGUCGAGUGCACUGCAGGAGAAGAAGACAAGGACGCCAUCUCGGAGGGUGGCCCCAGCGAAUGGUGGGAGAUGCACGUGGAUGGAGCGGUGAGUCGCCAACAUUGCGGUGGCGGAGUCAUGUUGAUUACCCCUGAAGGGUUCAGGCUUUAUUACGCUCUGAGUUCUCUAUUCCAGACAUCCAACAAUGAGACCGAAUACGAAGCUGUAUUGGGUGGUCUACGACUCGCCAAGACAUUAGGGGCAGGAUACCUACGAAUCAAGACCGACUCUCGUCUGGUGGUGGGGCAAGUGUCUGGGACCUGCGAAGCUAAGAACGCCCGGAUGGCUCAAUAUAAGGAGAAGACGGUAGAGCUAUUGAAGGGAUUCGGUGCCUACGAGAUAGAGUAUAUCUCGCGAGCCGACAACACAGAAGCAGAUAUACUGUCGAAAAUCGCUUUGGAAGGCGUGCCGGAUCAUCUCGUCAGAAUCUGCCAAAAGGAGGAACUGGUCCGACCCAGCAUAGAGGAAGCGACCCUAGAGAUCCAGCAAGUGACAACCGAAGAAUGGGACCGGGUGAAGAACCCUGAGAUGUUCUGGAUUGAAGAUAUUCGACGCUAUAAGGAGAAGGGAGAAUUGCCAAAGGACCCCGGAGUCGCCGCCCGGGUCCGCCACAAGGCUCCGUCGUUCGAGAUUAUUGAUGGACAAUUGUACAAACGGUCGUUUGGGGGUCCCCUCCUCAAAUGCUUACUCAGACCUGAGGCGGAGAAAAUAAUGGACGAGGCACAUCGUGGAAUCUGCGCAGCCAACCAGGGCGCCCACACUCUCGCCCGGAAGCUAGCUGGUUGUUCAAGGCUACUACUGGCCCACUAUGAUGAGGGACUGCAUCGAGUGGAUAGCCAAAUGCAUGAUUUGCCCGCAUUCGCUCGAAAAGAUACUCAGCCAGCUACUUUCUACACGCCAGUUACUACGGCCAUCCCAUUCGUGAAGUGGGGUAUUGACAUGUUGGGCCCACUGCCAGUCGCCCCCGGACGUUUGAAGUUCUGUGUGGUAGCUAUCAACUACUUCACCAAAUGGGUUGAGGCUGAGCCACUAGCCACUAUCACCGAAUAUCAGUGUCGAAGCUUCUUGUGGAAGAAAGUAAUCUGCCGCUUUGGAUUACCUGAGCAUGUGGUCAGCGAUAACGGCCGACAGUUUGACUGCCAACCCUUCGCCGAUUUUUCCCGACGACAUAGUAUACACUACACUAAGGUGUCAGUCGCUUACCCCCAGGCCAACGGACAGGUCAAGAAUGCAAAUCGUACAAUCGUAGACGGAAUCCGAAAAAAGUUGGAAGACAUUGGAGGAAACUGGGCGGACGAACUUGACCGAGUUCUAUGGGCCUACCGAACUACUCAGAGGUGGGCGACCGGUGAAAGCCCGUUCUCCUUAGCGUAUGGCUUCGAGGCCAAAGUUCCAGUAGAAGUCGUCGAGCCCACCCACCGAGUCCGCAAUUACUCAGAUGAAGGAAACGAGGAGAGCCUCAGGAUUGAAAAGAACUUCUUAGAAGAGCGAAGGGAAGCCGCACAUGCCCGUAUGGUGGAAUAUCAGCAGGCCGUAAAGAGAUAUUGGGAUCGGAGGAUUCGCCCACGAACCUUUCAAGUAGGCGACCUCGUGCCACGAGAUCGACAGGCGAGCUAG